GAGGGCCUGGAGGAGGGGGCCGAGUGCAGGAGCCUGAGAGGUGGCGGCCCGCACCAAACAGGAGAAAUGAACCUCUGCUGGAACGAGAUCAAACGCAAGUCCCACAACAUCCGGGUGCGGCUGGAGGCCUUCUCCGACAACAGUGGGAAGCUGCAGCUCUCUCUGCAAGAGAUCAUAGAAUGGCUGACAGUCAAGGACGAAGAGUUGUCGGAGCAGCUGCCCAUAGGAGGCGACGUGGGGGCCGUCCAGCACCAGAGGGAGUUCCACCAGGUAUUCAUGGAGGAUGUCAAGUCUCGCGGGCCGUUCAUCUACUCAGUCUUGGAAUCUGCCCAGGUCUUUCUGGCUCAGCAUCCCUUCCAGGAGCCAGAGGAGACCCUGACCGAUGGAAAAGAGGCUUCUCCACGCCGGCGAAUCUUAAAUGUGAGCCGCUCGGUGUGGAAGCAGGCAAACGUGGCCAGUGACCUGUGGGAGAAGUUGACUGCACGCUGUCUGGAUCGCCAUAGACACAUGGAGAGGACUUUAGAGCGUCUUCUCCAGGUCCAGGCAGCGAUGGAGGAGCUGGCGGUGGCCCUGGAGCAAGCAGAAGGGGUGAGAGACGCCUGGGAACCCGUCGGAGAUCUCUUCAUCGACUCUCUGCAGGAUCACAUCGACGCCACCAAGUUAUUUAAAGAGGAGCUAACUCAAGUGAAGGAGGGCAUGAAGCACGUCAAUGAUCUGGCCCACCAACUGGCUAUCUCCGAUGUCCAUUUGUCGAUGGAGAACGCCCGCGCCCUGGAGCAUCUCAACAGCAGAUGGAAAGUGCUUCAGGCUUCCAUAGAGGAGCGGCUGAAGCAGCUUCAGGAUGCACAUAGAGACUUUGGCCCCGGAUCGCAGCACUUCCUUUCCAGCUCGGUGCAGAUACCGUGGGAACGUUCCAUUUCCCCAAACAAAGUGCCCUACUACAUCAACCACCAGGCUCAGACAACGUGCUGGGACCAUCCAAAGAUGACAGAACUGUACCAAGCACUGGCGGAUCUGAACAACAUCAAGUUCUCCGCAUACAGAACAGCCAUGAAGCUGCGGCGAGUGCAGAAGGCUCUGAGAUUGGAUUUAGUGGCACUGAGCAGCCUCGUGGAGGUGUUUCGGGAGCAGGAGCUGCAGCAGGGGGAGCAUGUGAUGGACGUGGUGGAGAUGAUCCACGGCCUGACAGCUUUGUACGAGAGGCAGGAGGAGGAGCGGUCCAUCCUCGUCAACAUUCCACUUUGCGUCGACAUGUGUCUUAACUGGUUGCUUAACGUCUACGACAGUGCUCGUAAUGGCAAAGUGCGCGUUCUCAGUUUCAAGAUGGGAUUGGUAAGCUUGUGCAAUGCAGACAUCCAAGAGAAGUUCAAAUAUUUAUUCCGUCAAGUGUCUGGUUCUGGAGGUUUGACAGACCAGCGUCACCUCAGCCUGCUGCUCCAUGAAGCCAUCCAGAUCCCCCGACAGCUGGGGGAAGUCGCUGCUUUCGGGGGCAGCAACGUGGAGCCCAGCGUCCGUAGCUGUUUCCGCGUGGCCCCAGGGAAACCUGCUAUUGAGGUGUCUCACUUCCUGGAAUGGAUGAGCCUGGAGCCCCAGUCGAUGGUGUGGCUGCCUGUCCUCCACCGUGUGGCUGCGGCAGAGUCGACCAAGCACCAGGCCAAAUGCUAUGUCUGCAAACAGUGUCCCAUCAAGGGCUUCAGGUAUCGCAGUUUGAAGCAGUUCAAUGUGGACAUCUGCCAGACAUGUUUUCUAACCGGCCGCACGACCAAGGGAAAGAAGCUUCACUACCCCAUCAUGGAGUACUACACCCCAACAACCUCGGGAGAGAAGAUGAGGGACUUUGCCAAGACUCUGAAGAAUAAGUUCAGGUCAAAGCAGUACUUCACCAAGCACCCGCAGAGAGGAUACCUGCCGGUGCAAUCUGUACUGGAAGCCGAGAGCUCGGAGACGCCGUGCUCCUCCCCCAAGCUGCCUCACGCAGACACACACAGCAGGAUUGAGCAUUAUGCCAGCAGAUUGGCUGAAAUGGAGAGCCAGAAUUGUUCGUUCUUCACAGAUAGCCUGUCUCCUGAUGAAAGUCUCCCAGCCCUGGACCACGACUCUCCCUGCGGACAGCACAUGCUGCUGGCCCACCUGGAGCACCAGGACAAAGAGCAGCUCCAAUGCACCCUGGCCCGCCUGGAGAACGAGAACAGGGUGCUGCAGAGCGAGUACAGAAGGCUCAAGUGGAAGCACGAAGAGACGGCGGCGGUCCCCAUGCUGACUGAGGCUGGAGAGGACGGGACAGGUUCACCCUCGGAGGGGGGGCAGCAGGAUGAGGAGCUCCUGGCCGAGGCACGCGUCCUCCGGCAACACAAGACGCGUCUGGAGACCCGCAUGCAGAUCCUGGAGGACCACAACAAACAGCUGGAGUCCCAGCUUUGCAGGCUGAGGGAGCUACUGCUACAGCCCAAAGAUGACUCGGAAGCCAACGGAUCAGAGCCGUCCACCCUGUCUUCUCCUGUCUCUGGCGGGGGUCAUCACGGGGAGCCGGCCAGCAGAGAGACCACUGACACUGAAGCAGCAGGAGAUGAUAUGGAGCACGAACAAGACACGGUGCUGCAGCUCCAGGAAGUCAUCGAGCAGCUGAGGAACGUCUUCCCUUCAGAACCGGGCACCACCUCACACAUCUAACCCCGAGUGGGCCUGGAAUGGAAGGAAGCCUGAUGGCGGCGGGAGGAGCUCCAUACGGCUGAGGUCGGGCCACAGUCCAGCCGGCCCUGUGACCACUGCAGCAGCUAUGCUACCCAGAGCUAACCCUCUCCUGGAAUCUGUGCACUAAAAGCCUUUUCAUGCAAACUGCUAAAGGCUCACACUGAUGUCCGUUUGGCCCGGCUGUGCUUCAUCACUUCAGUGGCGCAGCCUGACACCAUGCUGAUGAGCCAAAGGAAACUAACAUGAGCAGCAGGUCAGAGAGAGACGUAAAGGAACAUGCCCGGCCAAGACACUGUGCUUACCAGUACCUGUGUAGUUGUUAGAAGGUGUGAAGCUUUAUAUGUCCACAGCACAAAUUGGACCUUCCACAAGGAGAACUUUUUCAAAACUGGAGAAAAAAAGGAAUACGAAGAUUUUCCCGUUGUUUUGUCAGAAUGCCUGUAUUGUCAGUGUUUGUUUUUUUCUCUCCUUGAAUGUCUUAUCAUGGUUGUUAUUUUUGUUUUUUGAAGGAAGGUAACACGCCAAAGCUUGUUCGAGUGAACUAGAUCAGAUCUGGGCUGGGCUGACUGCAAUUCAUGAGGUUGCGUGGUGUCGAUUGUCAGGGAAUUGAAAGCACCCACAACAAGCGUAUUUACUUUUUGAGAAAGACACAUCACCAGUUAAAUCCAUGAUUUAUUUCAGACAGCCAAAGUGCCCGCUAGCACAGCGCCUGUGUAUGCACACAGUGUGUUCCUCUAAUCCUCUCAAACGGCUUCUCGCUCUCAUUGCUCCCUUCUCUUAAGUGAGCCCCUUACGCCCAGACAGAGCCACUGGCACUCACCAUACACACACACACUCACGUAUGCUGCGACACCCAUUCUCCAGAGUUAAAAUGCACGCAUUCACCACUGUGCGCAAAUGACUCCCUGCAUGACCGAGGACAUGUGCCUUGCUGCAUCACUCAAAAUGUAGAAAGACACUUCCAUGAAAAUGGAAAUCCAUUUCAUCUUUUUGACUCGAGGGAUUUAGGCAGGCUCUCCGUUUAGUGGCAUUUUGUAAUGUGGCUGAAACUGGCUUUUGUUGAGGAAAUGUCUGCCGAUAAAUAUCAGCAUGCGGGCGUCGACUCCGGGGUCUUCUCCUGCUGUGUGUGGAGAAAGAGAAGGAAGAAGCUCCAGGCUGCAAGGCUGAAGCUUGCUUUCUCUCUCCGCCAGGCCAAUUCCCAGACGCCACAGGGGGUAACAAGAUGCACCCCCAUAACAAGGUCCUACACAGACAUCAUCCAUAAAACCCUCUUCUCCACGUACAUUUGAAUAAAACACGGGCUAUUGAUUCUUCAUGCCUAAUUUUCCUUUUCCUUCGCUAAUGCAUUCGCAAUUGCUUUAUGUCCAAAAAGGCGAGUGGUGGAAAUAUCACUGCCCACGUUGUAUCAGGCUUGUAGGGUUCUGUUUCAGACAUAGCAAAGUCAUUGAAUGCCUUAAAAUCACAUCCAUUUGAAAACCAGAGUUCGUCUCUGGACUUCUUUUCUUCAUUGUGUUUUUACAUUCAGGGAAGGAGAUUGCAUCAGGAGUGUGUGUUUGUGUGACACUGGUACUAACUGGAACCGCAAUGAGAACAAUGGACAAUAGAGAGCAGAGCAGCCAUACGUUGAAAUUCAAAUAGGGCUUUUAUGAGUGAACCCGUGAUGCUGGGGGUGCUUGGAAGGACUCGAGAUCUGAGAAACGAGAGACAAAAGGUGGACAGAAAAAACAAUCCAUCUAUUGCUUGAGGGCUGGUGGGAGGGAUCCACUGUGAUGGUCCUGCCACAGCAACAUCUCCAGAAGCUGGAUGCCUGUUCCAAGGAUACGCUGUGGCUCUGUGUGUUUCUCAGCAAAUCAUAUCGCCUCAUUCUCACAGACAACAGAGAUAACAGGAAUUCAUCUCAGACCUUAAAUGACACUCUGACCUCACUCACAAGUUUUAAACCCAUAAGCUGCAUUCAUUACAGGCUUGCCCUCCAAGCACCCAGCGCUCACAUUUUACACACCAUCCUCCUCAGCACUUGCUCCCUGUUAGUUUUGUUGCUAGGGAACUGUCCACCAGGACGUGGUUCCGCAGGUUUGUGCGUUGGAAAGGUGAUGUUCCACUCAUAAUACAAAUACUAAUAGCCUUAAGGGAAGCACGAGAGAGUGCACGCCUCCUCAUCUUCUCUUUUCUCUUAUUCACUUCCACUGAAGCCUGUUGCCGUUCAGCUCCUGAAGAUGGUCAUUAGCAUCAAUUGAAUCCAUCUCCAGCAUCACUGAAGAUUGUUUUCUGGUGGAACUCUCAGAAGUCAGAACAAAGAGGAGCAACUCGGCUCGUGGGUGAGCAAAAAGAAAGUCAUGACAAACGAUGUUUAUUCAUAAGACGUUCGUUUAUUGGUAUUCACACAACUCAUUACACAUUGAUGAUCACUUUUAACUCCAUACUUUGUGUGCGGAUAAACAGAAUGAUGUAACAGUGACAGUGUGACAAGAAAAGCAGAGCAACUCUCCAUAGGGCUGCCUGUCAACACGGGUCCUGUUUAUUUAGAGGCAAUAUAGAAGAUGCAGGUUGAGAUGAAUACACCAUGUGGUGAAAUGACCCACAGUUUGUCUCCACGUUUUCACUGCGCCGCUCUUUGACACCAGCGUCGAAAGUGACUUUGAUGGUCAACCCGCUGCAAUAGAGUCAUCGCUCUGUCACUGUGGUCAUCUGAUCCAUGCACUCAUUUCUAUCCUGGUAGUGGCUCCCUAUAUUCCCUGCACCCGUUGAAACAGACCCUGCUCCCUGUGGAGUGACUGAAGCUGUGUGAUUGAAGAAAAAAAAGUCUCUCCCCAGAAGACACUGCUCUCCUUUUCCAGACUUCUGCUCCUGCAUGUAGCCACCACGCAGCGCUCAUGACUCCCCUUCCUUUGUUUCACAUGUCUGCUAUCAUGCAUCGAAGCUUAUGUGUCACCUCUCACAUGACGAUAAAUCAUCUAACCUCAAACAAGGUGUUGAUAACACUAAAACAUGUAUACACACACUCAUACAUUAAUGGGGAACUGUUUUUUGUGUUAGAAUCACCAUUAAUAUACCUCAUUAAUCAUUAAAAUGGUUAUUGUUUUCAUGGUUUGGGUUUUCUGUUAAUGUCCAGCGCUCAAACACUUGUUGCUGUCUUUUCUCUGGAGUUUUUAAUCUGUAUAAAAAGUUUUCUGAAGAAAGGCUUUUUACUGUAAUAACAAGUGGGUUACUAGCUGCUUUUUACUCUUUGUGUACAUAAAUAAAAACUUUGUAUUUGAUAAA